AUGAAACUCAUGAUGGUCAAGAUACUGAGGUUUCCAAAGUACUAUGAGAUCAUGAACGAUGAUCACGAUGGAAGGAAAGAGAAGGAGGGCUUAGGAUUAGGUCAAAAGAUGUCUAGCGGCGACAUCUGGAAACUACGAUGCGAGUUAGUUGGGCACGAACAAGACAUCCGCUCGAUCUGCACAAUAACAGACGGUUCUAUCGUCACCUGCUCGAGGGACAAGUCUGUGAGGAAAUGGAGCAAGGUGAGCGAGCGACAGUUUGAGGCCUCGGCUGUGCUUCUCGGCCACGAGCAUUUCGUUGCAUGUGUAGCCGAGGUUCCACCCUGCAAGAUGCACCCGCAAGGGGCAGUCGUCUCAGGUGGAUACGACCGGACAAUGAGUGGGCAAACCAUUGUGAAGCCUGUCAUCAACAUCUGGGAGGGAGAUUCGAUCGUGGGAACUCUAGAGGGGCACACGCUCACAGUUUGCGGCCUGACGAUCAGCCCGACUGGACAUCUGGUGUCCGUCUCCUGGGACAAGACUGCGCGUGUUUGGGAUCUUGAGUCCAGGAGCUGUGUUUCCGUGCUGUCAGGCCAUGAGCAAGCCGUGUGGGCGGCGAUCUGCUUCGAGGAUGGGUCCAUUCUGACGGGUUCGGCGGACAAGACCAUCAAACGCUGGAAAGGAAACGUUUGCGAGCAUACCUACACCGGACACUCAGACUGUGUACGUGCGCUCGCUCAUUUCCCAGGAGUUGGGUUCGCGUCUGCUGGCAAUGACUGCUCGAUUAGAUUGUGGGCGCUAAGUGGAGACUGCCUGAUGGUCUUGAAUGGACAUCAAAGUUUCGUUUACUCCUUAUCUGUUUUCCCCUCCGGAGACAUCGUGUCUUCUUCAGAAGACAAGACUUGCAAGGUUUGGCGGGAUGGCAACUGUGUUGCAACUCUGCCUCAUACAGGAUCGGUUUGGGCAGUAUGCACUCUUCCAGAUGGCGAUAUCGUGACAGCUUGUGCUGAUGGAAUUGCUCGUGUUUUUUCGCGUGACACGUCCAGAUUUGCUGAUGCUGAUGUUCUCGCUGCUUAUGACGCUUCGUUGGCAUCGCAAGCAAUAGCAGCUCAAGAAGUCGGAGGAGUAAAAAUGAGUGAGUUGCCCGGCUUGGAAGCCCUCGAGGCCCCCGGUACCAAAGAUGGCGCAACCAAGAUCAUUCGUGUUGACGAGAAGGCAUAUGCUUACUCGUGGAACUCGGGAGAGAGCAAGUGGGAUCAGAUCGGAGUUGUUGUUGAUGGGCCAGCUGGUGGAGGAGGCGACGGAGGGCAAGUGAUGAUGGAUGGGAGAACAUAUGACAGGAUCUUUGACAUCGAGAUCGAUGAGGGAGUUACCCUCAAGCUUGGGUACAACUAUGGUCAAAAUCCCUAUGCUGUGGCUCAAGAGUUCAUAUGGAACAACGAUCUGCCUCAAGAUCAUCUGGAACAGAUUGCUCAAUUCAUCGACAAGAACGCAAACCAGGGCGUGACUCUCGGAGCGCACGAUGCCAUGUACGAGUCCCAGAAGCCGGCGAAAGAAACGUUCGUCACGUUUGCAUCAGAAGAGCACAUCCCACGGAAAGCGAUGAUUUUCUUCGAGCUGCCUGGAAAACAAGAGGCCAUCGAGAAGAAAGCGAUGGAGUUCAAUGACGCACUUGCAAACAGCAUGGACGAGAACCUGGCCAUGAACAGUGAAGAGAAGAUUUACUUCGCCAACCUGGUCAAGGUUGCCUUCGGGAAAGAUGCAAUUUCAAAGCCGUCGAACAACGAGUAUGCGCUUCUGCGCAACAAGCUGCUCAAGUGGCCUGUUGGGAAUCUUUUCCCUGUCUUAGACGUGCUCAGAUUGCUUGUUUUGAAUCCUUUCGUUGUCAACUACUUAGUCAAGAACGCUGAGGACUUUGACGUUGUCAAGGCUGUUGCGAGUGUGACCAGCGGCCCGGCAGCGUCUGUUCCUGCAGCCACACGAAUCAUGUCAACCCGAUUCUUCGUGAAUUGCUUCCGCAGCACAGACAUGCGAGGGCUGAUAUCCAAGCGACUGGAUGUCGUAUUGCCGGCAACCAACGGCUCCGUGUCCUAUGGUAACGCACAGGUCAACCUGGCAUACGCGACGUUGCUGCUCAACGUUGCUGUCCAAGCGUACGAGACGAAGGCUGCGGAAGUCGGAGGCAUGGAACAGGUGAAGCGGGCGAUCUCUGGUGGGGCAGAGUUCCUCCAUGCAGCCGGCAAGACGGAGAGUGAAGACAGCGUUUAUCGAGCCCUCGCUGCUGUGGGAACUCUUGCAAGCAUCGAUGACAAGUCGAGAGCUCUGGUCAAGGAAUUUCAGGUUCAGGCUGUGGCUAACGAGAUCAAAGCUUCUCAUCCUAGCGACAAGGUCUGUGCCGUCUGCUUCUCUUCAACCGAUCAUGCUCACGAUCUCUGUGUUUACCACUGGCUGUAA